AUGUCCGAUAAUGUUCCUUUACCUUCACAGGCAAAUAUAUACCCAACACAACCACAACAGCAAACACCAAGACCUUCAUCUCCGCAAUUACAACCAUCCAUCCAGAUAUCCUCGUCCCAGUUGUCUCCACAACAGAAACCACAACCUGUGGUCUCAUCAACAUUCCAGGGCCCUGAGGACUUGCCUAUAACUGCCAAGACUAUCAGUAGCAUUGUAAAUGAAGAUCCACGUAAAUCUUACCUGCAAAAGCCUGCAUUUGAAACCAUUCUGGAAGAGGAUGAAGACAAGAAAAGGGAUGCAGGCACAGAUGUAGCCAGGGACACUCUGUCUGCAUCCAUUAAAGAUGUGCAGGUGCGACCAGACAGUGAAGCUGACAAGGAAAACAGUGGGUCUUAUGAAGAAAUUGUGGAUAAUAUUUAUCUAGCAGAAAGAAAAAGAUCCAAACAAAUGCGAGAAGUGCGUCGCAUGGUCUGCGAUUGUACAACAUCUCAUGAAGACCGAGAGCAAGGAAUUGAAGCCUGUGGGGAAGACUGCUUAAAUCGGAUGCUGAUGAUUGAAUGGCAGACGGUGCAUCUUUAUUACACUGCCAAAAAAGCCACGUGUUGGGAGCUACUCAAAGGGCUACUGUUUGUUGACUGGCCAGUUGAGAGCCCAGAUUCGAAGCCGAUACUCAUCUUGGACAUCUUGAUGCUAGAACAAACAGCUGGAAUUCGUGACAUAGUCUUGACCAUGGUUCCCGGUGCCCAUGUGGUGAAUACUGUAACAAUAAACGAUUUACACGGCACCAAUAUGCAUACAUUUGUGAUGGAGUAUGUUGGUGAAGUCCUGGAUUACAAAGAAUUCAAGAAUCGUACAAAACAAUAUGCAAAAAAUGGCCAAGAACAUUAUUACUUUAUGUCAUUAAAUGCUGAUGAAGUGAUUGACGCAACCUACAGGGGAAAUAAAUCUCGCUUCAUCAACCAUAGCUGUGAUCCUAAUUGCGAAACCCAAAAAUGGACAGUCAAUGGCAUGCUUCGCAUUGGUUUCUUUACAAAAAAGAGCAUCAAAGCCGGCACAGAAAUGACGUUUGAUUAUCAAUUUGAAAGCAAGCAAGCUCAAAAGUGCUACUGUGGUGCCGAAUGUUGUCGAGGAACAAUUGGAGGGAAAAAGAAGACUCCUGUGAAGUCAAAGAAAAAAGCUGCAGCCUCUGAUAAGAAGAAGAAAGAAUUUGAAGAUGAAUCUAAUGUCCUAAAGCUCAAUAAGCAAUGGAACAACAUGUCGCAGAGUGACGAUGACGACGGUGAUGAUGACGGUGACAACGACGGUGAAGACAACAAUGAUGAUGAGGAGGAUGAUGAGCAGGCCGCCGUUAAGCAGCGACCCCAUGAUGGCCAGAUAAAACUACUCAUGUUGGAGGAAGAGAUGGAACGCAUGUCUCAACUGGAUGGGCUGAAGAACAAGGAGCAUGUGUUGAAUUUAUGCAGGUUAAUGGUCAGAGCUGAAAGUAAUGACCAUCGAUUGUCCAUAUUGCGUAUUUUGCAGGGCACAAAUGAGCAGGCUUGUUUGCGUCUUUUCUUGGACUAUCAUGGUCUUCCUUUAUUAUGGAGUUGGAUGGCUGAUAUUGGAAAGGGGGCUCUCUAUUUGAAAUCACAGAUUUUGGGCACACUGAAAAUGCUUCCAAUUACAAACAAGACCAUUCUCCAAGAAAGCAAAAUCCUGCCUAUGGUGGUGAGAUGGGCAAAUGAGUUGAAGAUGACUGCUGAGCGUGAAGUCGAGACAGAGCAAAGUAAUGACAAUUCUUCCCAAGCUGGCACUCCUUCGUCAGUAGCCAGCAGAGAUGAGCGGCCACCAAAGAAGAAAGUGAAAUUUGCUGAUGAGACUAGCUCUGAUAGUGAAAUGUCAGAAUGCAGCCGUCUGAGUGGCAUGAUCUACCUCAAUGAACCAAUGGCUAAAAAUGGACUGAAUGAAGUUGCUGACAGCUCUGAUAUACCAUAUCCCGAUUAUUCAAAUCAGGGUGGUAUUUAUAUAGAUGAAUUGGAUGAAACAAGGGCUGCCAAACCCGUUCAUGUUGUCAGUGCAACUCCUAAAAGUGGUAUUCUUAUAAAACCAGAACUCCAAAAAGAGCUUUCUAGUGAAUCUUCAUCUUCUCCAGUUGUAGAAGAUAAAGUUCAAUCAAAUGAAGCAGAAUCUUCAUCAAUAGAUAUUUUGGACAAAUGUUCUACAAAGGAGAAAGCUGAAGAUGAAGUUUCGCCUAAAGAUGAUGACAGUAGUAAUGAAGUGAAGGUUGCAGCAGAGGGGAAAAACUUUGAUUCAGGCAACUUAUCUUCAGUUGUAUCUCUUGCCACUGAUUUACUCAAGCACUGGAGUGAUUUAAAGGAAGUAUUCAAAAUACCCAAAAAGGAGAAGGUUGAGGAAAGAAAACGAACUGAAAGGGAAUUGGAAAGGGAUCGGAAGCGACGAUAUGAGGUGUCACCUGAUAAGAGUCAUUCUCGAUUUAAAUCACGCUCAGAUCGAAGACGAGAGGAAGUUCAGGAGUUACUCAAUCCUAAUAGGCCAAGACGUGUCUUGCUUCCUACACCACCCAAAUUAAGUAAAGAGGAGCGACGGCAACAGUUUGAGGCUCAAGUACGGGCACAAGAUGAAAUGGCUGAGUAUCAGAAGCAGCAAGAAGCUGCCUACAUGCAACAGCAACAGGAAUACCUUCAGCAGCAAUAUAUGGGCAGUGAGAUGACAGGUUAUGAUUAUUAUGUACAGCAAGAUCCCAAUAUGGCAUAUCAACAAGAUCCCAAUAUGGCAUAUCAACAAGAUCCCAAUAUGGGCUACCAGCAGGAUCCUAAUGCAGCCGUAGCCUAUCAAGCAGACCCUAAUUCUGCAAUGUACCAACAAGAUCCAAAUGCCCAAUACCAAGAUUCAUCUGUCUAUCAUGGUUACCAUUUACCACCACCAGCAGAUCCUAAUGCUUAUCCAAUGCCAUCAACUGAUGCUAGUGCUUAUCCAAUGGCCCAAGCUGAUGUUAGCACUGCUUAUCAAAUGCAGUCAGCAGACUCUAGUGCUUACCAAAUGCACCCUUCAGAUCCAAAUGCAUAUGCAAUGCGAGCUACAGACCCAAAUGCCUACCAAGUCCCUCCUCCUGAUCCUGCCACAUACCAGGCCACAACAGCUGAUCAGACUGGCUACAUUCAGGCAGACUCAAGCUUCCAAAUCCCUGUUCCACCUCCUGCUACUUCAGUACCACCAGACUCCAGUUAUCCUUCCACUACUCCUGCUGCUACUACUGGUUCAUCUUCAGCAGUUGCUCAGAAACCACAAGCUGGUUCUGAGAAUCUGCUCGAACAUUGCUACGUAGCUGGACAAACAGCUGCAACAGUGCCAGAUGCAACUACAUCUCAAGCUGCUCCUAACCUCAAUGCUAUACCUACAAUGACUCCCACCUACAUUGAGCCAGGUAGCUCAACUCCAGCUAUCUAUCCAAAUGCACCUGCAACACCUGUCUAUCAAGUGCCAUCAAAGUUCUUGACAACACCCCAGACAACUGCAGCAACAGCAGCAUACUCCCAAACAAACCAAAGUGUGCCACCUCAAGCUCAGUCUGCCAGUGUGCCUCAGCUCCCUCCUCCAGCUUCUCAGGUGCAAUCAGCUUCUGGUUUGGCCAGUAUCCCACCUUCAGCUCAGCAGAAUACAUCCCUGACACCAGUGUAUGUGCAACAGUCACAGACUUCAACUCAACAGCCAACAACUCAACAAGCAGCACCAACAGCUCCAUCUCAAGUGUAUUAUCCAACUACACCACAGGCUAUGGUAGUGCCACCUCCUCAGCAUCAUUAUCCACAGCCUCAAGCCACCACUCCAGCUGUUCCAGGAUCACAAGUUGUACAAAUUGAUCAGGGCUUACUUGCUCUUCAGCAGGUGAAACAGUUGCAACAGCAGCUCCAGAUUCAAAACAUAGUGCUCUCUUCAACAACACAAAAUACCACGGCCAAUUCUAUGUCAGAGGAUGAUCCUCCACCACCACCAUCUCCUCCAAAACCCAAGGUCACAAAACUUCCACCAAACUGGAAAAUGGCUAAAGACUCUGAAGGGAAAACCUAUUAUUACCAUACAGUCACAAGACAAACUCAGUGGGAUUUGCCAACAUGGGAUCAAGGGGAUCAAGAUGAUAUGGAUCUUGGAACUCCAACUCAUGAUGAACCUCAAAACAAGGUCUGUGAUUUAUUCUUUCAGUCAAAAAAGAAAGCUACAACAGCUGCAGCAGAUACUUCCAGUGAACUGGCCAAGAGGAGUAAAGAAGCUUUCCGAAAUAAGAUGUCUCAGUGGAUUGUAUCCUGUUUAAAUCCAUACCGAAAACCAGAUUGCAGACUUGGACGUAUUUCGAGUACAGAUGACUUCAAACAUUUAGCAAGAAAAUUGACCCAUCAUGUAAUGGCAAAAGAGCUGAAGCAUUGUAAACAUCCAGAGGAUCUGGAGGUUAAUGAAAAUGUGAAAGCCAAAGCCAAGGAUUAUAUAAAGAAAUACAUGUCAAAAUUUGGGGCCAACUAUAAGAAGGCUCAGUCCCCAACGCCAGAUGAUUGA